AUGGACGACGACGAUGGGCGCGAAUCGUUCGAAAUUAACGACAUGGAUUUGGAGUAUGCGAUGAAUCCGGGUGGCAGGCGGCGGUAUCAGAAUAAGGAUCAGGCGACUUAUGGUGUCUUUGCUCCGGACCACGACAGCGAUGACGAUGAGCAGAGUUCAAGCCGAGGGCCUUCAAACAAGCGUCAGAAGUACACGGCACCGAUGAGUUUCGUCAGCGGAGGCGUGCAAUCAGGCUCGAAAGUGGAUAAGACAGAUCCAGAAUCCAUCAAAAUGGGAACAUAUUCGUCAAAAGCGGACGAUGAGGAAGAAGUUAUCGAAAUUAACUUCGACAGAAGAACCAAGAAGACCCAGAAAGAGCAAGGAGCACACGUCUUCGCUGGAAUGCGUUCAUCAGCUACAAAAGGAGCAGCAGACACUGAUAAAUUUGGUGGUUGGAUGAAGCACGGAAAAUCGGAUGUUAUCAUGAAAAUGAUGCAGUCUAUGGGAUACAAGCAAGGAUUUGGUUUGGGAGCAAAAGAGCAAGGUAUCGUCGAGCCAGUGACUGCGCAGCUCCGUAAGGGAAGAGGAGCCGUUGGAGCUUAUGGUAAAGAAGCAUCUUCGGUUGGACCAAAAUUCGGAGAAUCGGCUGCAGAAGCACAGAAGAGAAUGGCGCAAGGUGGAAGCUCUACAGUCCCAGAUGAACCGGAGAAGACUGGAAUUAAAGUUAAAGGAGGAUGGAAGAAGUCGCAGAAAACAAAAACCACGUAUAGAACUAUCGAUGAUGUUCUGGAAGAGGGAAUGUCGGCGUCACGACCUGCAGCUCAUCAGCAAUCACAACACUAUUCAAAUAUCAAAGUUAUCGAUAUGACUGGAAAACAGCAAAAGGUAUAUUCUGGUUAUGAUUCGUUUUCUAUGAAAACUCGAUCCGAAUACGAUACUGUUGAUGAAGAAGAGAGAACUGUUUUUGAUGUCCCCGAAUUGCUGCAUAAUCUGAAUCUUCUUGUCGAUUUAACUGAAGAAGGAAUUAGAAGAAGUAAUCAGCAGUUGAUCAGCAUUAAAGAUCAAACCACUGCUCUGGAAUAUGACCUUCAAACGAUCGACAAAGCGUUGACUACCGAGGAAGAAGAGGCUCAGCAUAUCAAGGAUGUCUUCGAAUUGAUAGAUGGAUUCUCUUCUAACCGUUCGCCAACUAUGAAAGAAUGUCAAUCACUUUUCCGUCGUCUUCGUGCAGAAUUCCCACAUGAGUAUCAACUUUAUUCACUGGAAACUGUCGCUAUUCCUAUCGUACUUCCACUCAUCCAACGUCAUUUUGCCGAAUGGAAGCCACUUCAGGCAAAGGAAUAUGGAUGUGAGUUGAUUGCAGAAUGGAGAGACAUUCUGGAUGAUAGCAAGAAUGGAAAGAAGAUGACAUUCGGACACAAUAAGAGCAAAGGGGAUGAAAUUCGAGCAUACGACAGAAUCAUUUGGGAGGGAAUUCUACCAUCAAUUCGUCGUGCUUGUCUUCAGUGGGAUCCACGUACCGAAAUGCAUGAGAUGAUUGAACUCGUGGAGCAAUGGAUUCCUCUAAUUUCCUCCUGGAUCACAGAGAACAUUCUAGAACAGUUGAUCAUUCCGAAAAUUGCAGAAAGAGUGAAUGAUUGGGAUCCGAUGACAGAUGUAGUUCCAAUACACCAAUGGUUGGUACCAUGGCUCGUCCUUCUCGGAGAUCGAAUUCAAACUGUCAUGCCACCGAUCCGCCAAAAGUUAUCAAAAGUUCUCAAGCUGUGGAAUCCGAUGGAUAGAAGUGCGAUUGCAACAUUACGCCCGUGGCAGAAUGUCUGGUCCAAAGGGACAUUCACAGCAUUUGUGGCUCAAAACAUCAUACCGAAACUGGGUGCUACAUUGGAUACAUUCGAAUUGAAUCCUGGAAUCAAUCCAGAAUACUUGGAGUGGUCUGCUUGUAUGGAAUGGUUGGAAAUGGUUCAUCCUGACGCAAUAGCAAACAUUGUCACUAAAUAUUUCUUCCCAAGGUUCUACGGCGUUCUGUGUCAAUGGCUCGAUAGCCCUGGUGUCGACUAUAAUGAAGUGCGUCGGUGGUACGCUGAAUGGAAGGAUCGAAUCCCGCAAGCUAUUCUUAAUUACCCUACUGUCACUGAGAAUCUCCGUCGCUGCAUGAUCGCUGUCGGAACUUCAAUGCGCGGAGAAAAAGUCAGUGGUCUGGCCGCCGCUCCGAUUGCUCCGAUGGCUCCAGCCCCAUCUGCUCCAAUGGCUCAAUUCGCGCCGGCUACUCAGCAACUGUCGCUCAAAGAAAUCAUCGAAAUCACUGCUGGAAAGCACGGAUUCACUUAUCAUCCACAGAAAGAUCGAUUCAAGGAUGGACGACAAGUUUUCUGGUUCGGUGCACUUUCGAUUUAUAUGGAUUCGGAAAUGGUAUAUGUGAUGGAUCCGGUGGAAUUUGUUUGGCGUUCAACAGGACUCGGUGAGCUGAUUCAAAUGGCUCAAGGAGCACAAUGA